CUUAGGUAUAUGGACCAUAUUUCAGAAAUAGGUACUAUCAAAGAGUUUAACACAUCCAAUUCUGAAAUUGUGACUAUUAAGCCGAACAGAGAGGCCUACAACUACCAAGUCAGUAUCUACGGGGGGCGUAAGCAGCGGCUAUGUCAGCUUGGUCGACCUUGUUUGGCGGCAAAUGGUUGUUGGCUGCCUAUUUGCCUAAGAGUUCUAGGUUAGCCAAGCUGAAGUCAGUUUUAUAUAAAUUGCUUAUAAAGUUUGCUUAUGAACACGUAGGUAUGUUUGAGGCCCUAUGUAUAGGUAGAGUUAUUGAUUGCGUAUACAGGCAAGUUGUUGUUGUUAAAUAUGUAUACGAAAUGCAGUAAGAGUAACAGUACUGCAAACAUACAUCAUUCAGCCUUGCAUGUAAAACCAUGUCCGUUCAACCGCCAAA